AUGCUCAGUCGCCAGUUUGCACGCGCCGCCGCCGUCACCCCGCGUGCAGGUGUGCGAGCUCUGAGCUCGACAGCGGUUCUCAACGGCCGUACGCCCUCUCUGGGAGAUGUCAAUCCUUCACACGCAGAGGUCGACAAGUUCAGUCAGAAGCAGAGGGAAUUCCGCGAGCACCUGGUAGAGACACAGAAGAAGCGAGAAGCCAGUUCGUUUCCCUCCAAUCCGCAGUCUGCUAACGUUCCGUUCGCCAAGUCGGACGAGGGCUCACAGAAUGAUCAUGUAGGACGCACCGAAGAGGCUAAGGAGCCUGAACCUGCCCGUAAGGCGGGCCCGUUAACAAACCUUAUCUACGGUACCAAGGAGGGCCGCGAGCUCGACGCCCAGCUCGAAGCAAGCUUCAGUCAGGUUCUCGCUCGUGGCAAGUAUGUCCACUCGAUCGUUCUUCACGAGGUCAAGCCCGAGAAGGUUGACGAGUAUGUCGAGCUUGUUGGUAAAUGGUACCCUAAGAUGGCCAAUGCCCCCGAAAACAAGGUGAACCUGGUUGGAAGCUGGAGGACUGAAGUUGGAGACUGCGACACAUUCGUUCACAUUUGGGAAUACCAAAAGUACGAGGGUUACCACCAAUCUCGACACUCUAUCACUCACCACCCCGAGUUCGCCGACUUUGAUAGCAAGUUGAAGGGAUUAAUCAACUCCAAGAAUGUUUCUCUCAUGCAAGAGUUCUCUUUCUGGCCGACAACUCCUCCGCGAUCCCUGGGCGGCGUCUUCGAGCUACGCUCCUACACAUUGCACCCUGGCAACCUGCUUGAGUGGGAGACACACUGGCGACGAGGCCUCAAGGCUCGUCGUGAGGUCAUGGAGGGUGUUGGUGCCUGGUUCGUCCAGAUUGGCGACCUCAACACAGUCCACCACCUAUGGCAGUUUGCCAACCUGGAGGAGCGCCGUAGCCGCCGCGAGCACAGCUGGCAGCAUGAGGGCUGGAGUGACACUGUCCACAAGACAGUGCCUUUGAUUCAGAGCAUGAAGUCAAGAAUUCUUGUUCCUAUGCCUUGGUCUCCCGUCCGAUAA